CUUGGGCGCAGGUGCGAGGGUUGGGCUGGGCUGGGCUGCGGACCCAGUUCGGAGAGUCACGGUUGACCCCAGGGUGCGAGGCUUGCAAGGGCUGAAUCCCAGGCAGAGGUAGAAACUGGGAAGAUGACGGAAAGAAGGAACUGAGCUCGGCUUUCAGGCUCUCAGACAAGCUGGGGGUGGAACGCAGUCGGAUUUCAAAGAGAAGCUUUACACCCCCCUUCGUGUCUUUGCCUCCUUGGGUGGAGCACCUGCUACGGGUGGUCACUUUCCCUUCGCGCUAUCGUUCCUGCACAGACAACGGGCACUCUGCACCAGAAAGUCACCCGUGUUGAGUCAAAGUUCCCGGCAGCGCCACCCUCUUCGCGCCGCACCCUAGAUCCUAGCCGGCCGCCCCAGCCCUAGGCACUGCAGUUGUCCCAGCCCAGCGUCGGGCAGCUCCGAUAUUUAACUCCAUGGGUCGCUGGCCGCAGACUCUCCCCUGAGGCCCUUCGGAACCGCCCCUACCACCACACGGCUCCUCUGAUUGGACGUGGUUGCGCCCGGCCGGCCAAUGGCUUGGCGGCGGCAGGUUCCCGGAAGUGGCGGCGCGGCCCGGGAAGACCUCAGUUUCCGCAGGCUGAGUCGGGGCCGGUUCCGCUGGCUUCGCGGGCGCUAUGAGUUGCUUCCAGGGACAGAUGGCCGAGUACCCAACCAUCUCCAUAGACCGCUUCGACAGGGAGAACCUGAAGGCCCGCGCCUACUUCCUGUCUCACUGCCACAAGGAUCACAUGAAAGGAUUAAGAGCCCCUACCUUGAAAAGAAGGUUGGAGUGCAGCUUGAAGGUUUGUUUAUACUGUUCACCUGUUACUAAAGAGUUGUUGUUAACUAACCCGAGGUACAGAUUUUGGGAGAAACGAAUUAUAUCAAUUGAAAUUGAAACUCCUACCCAGAUAUCGUUAGUCGAUGAAGCAUCAGGCGAGAAGGAAGAGAUUGUUGUGACUCUCUUACCAGCUGGUCAUUGUCCAGGAUCAGUUAUGUUUUUAUUUCAGGGCAAUAACGGAACGGUCUUGUACACGGGAGACUUCCGAUUGGCACAGGGGGAAGCUGCCAGAAUGGAGCUCCUGCAUUCUGGGGGCAGAGUGAAAGACAUCCAAAGUGUAUACCUAGAUACUACUUUCUGCGAUCCGAAAUUUUACCAGAUUCCUAGUCGAGAGGAGUGUCUGAGCGGAAUAUUAGAGCUGGUUCGCAGCUGGAUCACUCGGAGUCCGUACCAUGUCGUGUGGCUGAACUGCAAAGCAGCUUACGGGUAUGAGUAUCUGUUCACCCACCUGAGUGAGGAAUUUGGAAUCCAGGUUCAUGUGGACAAAUUAGACAUGUUUAGGAACAUGCCCGACAUUCUUCAUCACCUCACAACAGACCGGAAUACUCAGAUCCAUGCCUGUCGCCAUCCGAAGGCAGAAGAAUAUUUUCAUUGGAAUAAAUUACCCUGUGGAAAUAUUUCCAAAAAUAGAAUUCCACUCCACACAAUCAGCAUUAAGCCAUCCACUAUGUGGUUUGGAGAAAGGACCAGAAAAACAAAUGUAAUUGUGAGGACUGGAGAGAGUUCAUACAGAGCUUGUUUUUCUUUUCACUCUUCCUACAGUGAGGUUAAAGAUUUCUUGAGCUACAUCUGUCCUGUGAAUGUGUAUCCCAAUGUCAUUCCAAUAGGCACAACUAUGGAUAAAGUUGUAGAAAUCUUAAAGCCUUUAUGCCGAUCUUCCCAAAGUACUGAGCCAAAGUAUAAACCACUUGGAAAAUUGAAGAGAGCUAGAAAAACUCACCUAGACUCAGAGGAGGAAGAUGACCUCUUUGAUGAUCCUGUGCCGUUACCACUAAGGCACAAGGUUCCAUACCAGCUAACUCUUCACCCUGACGUGUAUCUGAUGACUGCAGCUUCCCCAAGCCAGCCUGAACAAGAGAGACAAAGCACAGGGUACAAAGAGAGUAUGCACACCUUUCCUUUGGCAAACUUUAUAGAAUGUGAAGAAUCCAACAGCGAAGGUGAAGAAGAAUUACAAACCCCAGCUUCAUCUCAAGAAGACCUGGGUGCUCUCACACAUCAUCAGCAAAAGGCUGAUGUAGAAGUACCACAGUGGGAAGUGUUCUUUAAAAGAAAUGAUGAAAUCACAGAUGACAGUUUGGAAAACCUCCCUUCUUCCACAGAGGCAGGGGGCUCUCAGUCGCCAAAGAUUUUUAGUGACUCUGAUGGAGAGUCAACUCACAUCUCUUCCCAGAAUUCUUCUCAGUCAACACACAUAUCCGAACAAGGGAGUCAAGGCUGGGACAGCCAAUCGGACACUGUUUUGUUAUCAUCCCAAGAGAGAAACAGUGGGGAUAUUACCUUCUUGAACAAAGGUAGCUAUAGACCAAGAAUCAAAGAGAAUAUUCCUGCCUCUCAGAUGGAACAAAAUGUACUUUGCCCAAAGGAUACUUAUUCUGACUUGAAAAGCAGAAAUCAAGAUGCAAAUAUGGCUCCUAGUGUUGGAGAAAUAACCACUCUAAGCAGUGGGAAACACAUACCUCAGGAAAAGAGGCUACUAAAUUUUAGCACCAAUGCAGAUUCCCAGAGCUCCUCUGAUUUUGAAAUUCCCUCCACACCAGAAGCUGAGCUACCUAAAGGAGAGCAUUUGCAGUAUUUAUAUGAGAAGCUGGCAACAGGGGAGAAUAUAGUCACUGAAAAAAGAAAAAGCUCAUUCUCAGAUACUUAAAAAUGAAAAACCUUGCAUUCUAGAGCAACCAGUAGAAAACCUACACAAAGAGGUAAUGGUCAGAAUCAUAAUGGACACGUCAGAAUGGAAUAUUUAAAAAUGUUCAUGUAACCUAAAACAAGGCAGUAAAGGGGAAAAAGAACAAAAAAUAGAGGUAAAAAGCAGAAAAUAAGGUAGAACUAAAUCCAAACAUCAAUAAUUACAUUAAGUGAAAGUGGUCAACACACACCAGAAAAAACCCAGGGAAAGAAACAGAACGUUUUUAUAUGCUGUCUCUAAGAAACUCAAUUCAAAUGAUGCAGGCAGGUUAAAAGUAAAGCCUGGAAAAAUAUAUCUAAAUACUUCCACUACUUAAAGCUGGAACGACUACAUUACCAUCAGACAAAUUUCUCACAAAAGGUCCAGUUCACUAAGAAGACACAAUCCUACGUGUAUGUUGCUGCAACAGCUUCAAAAGAGAGAAACACUAAUGCACAGUCGAGCUGGGAACUCUACCGGUUCCUCUAUCGGUAAUAGAAUUAGCACACAGGAAGUGAGCAAGGCUAUGGAAGAACUCCAUGGCACCAUUAACCAAGUGCAACUGACACAGAACAUUCCACCCAACAGAGAAUGUUCUCAAGCACCAUGGCACAUUCACCCUGAUAGAUAGCUGCAUCCUGGGUCAUAAAAACUCUUAAAAACAAUCAGCCCCUUAUUUAUCUCAAAAGGUCACUUCUGAAUGCUGGUUUGAACACAAAGGUAAAAUGAAAAGGAGAGAAAUUAGGACCCAAAAGAAAAGAAUGAAAUGGCAAAAGUGUGUGUUCUAGUUGUUGGAUUUCCUUAAAGUCUGUCAAUGGAUUAUGUUUUUGUACAGCUAUAUAUGUGGUUUAAUAAAGUUCUAUUAACAAAUAUUCAUCAACA